UCUCUCCGCUGUCUUUGCAACCUCUCUCUCCUCCUCCCAUCCUCCCAGGCAUGGGCGCCCUGGCUUUUCCCCCGCGGGGUCCCCGCUGGGAUGCCCCGAGGAUGCUCCUCUGGGCAUCCUGGGCCGUCUCCUUCCUCCUCCUCCUCCUCCUCCUGCCCGGCUUGGCCGGGGCCAACGAGUACGACUACGUCAGCUUCCAGUCGGACAUCAGCUCCUACCAAAGCGGACGCUUCUACACCAAACCCCCGCAGUGCGUGGCCAUCCCGGCCGACCUGCGGCUCUGCCACAGCGUGGGCUACGACAAGAUGGUCUUGCCCAACCUCCUGGACCACGAGACCAUGGCCGAGGUCAAGCAGCAGGCCAGCAGCUGGGUGCCCUUGCUCAACAAGAACUGUCACUUCGGCACCCAGCUCUUCCUUUGUUCCCUCUUCGCCCCCAUCUGCUUGGACCGGCCCAUCUACCCCUGCCGCUGGCUCUGCGAGGCCGUGCGCGACUCCUGCGAGCCCGUCAUGCAGUUCUUCGGCUUCUACUGGCCCGAGAUGCUCAAGUGCGACCAGUUCCCCCAGGACGAGGUCUGCAUCGCCAUGACCGCCCCCAACGCCACGGAGGCCUCCAAGCCCCAAGGCACUGCUGUGUGUCCCCCUUGUGACAAUGAAAUGAAGUCAGAUGCCAUCCUGGAGCACUUAUGCGCCAGUGAGUUUGCCCUGAAGAUGAAAAUAAAGGAAGUGAAGAAGGAAAAUGGGGACAAGAAAAUCAUCCCCAGGAAGAAAAAAGCUUUGAAAUUGGGUACCAUCAAAAAGAAAGAACUGAAGAAACUCGUUUUGUACCUCAAGAACGGGGCAGACUGUCCUUGCCACCAGCUGGACAACCUCAGCCACCAGUUUCUCAUCAUGGGGAGGAAGGUGAAAACCCAGUACCUGCUGACGGCCAUCCAUAAGUGGGAUAAAAAGAACAAAGAAUUCAAAAAGUUCAUGAAGAAGAUGAAGACUCCAGAAUGUUCCACGUUCCAGUCUGUCUUCAAAUGAUCGGCUGGGGCUGGAGGAAAGGGGACAUGGGUUUUUUUUUUUCAUAUUUUUUCCAUUAAUAAAACUUUAAUUUUUUUUAUAUUUUAUAUAUAUAUAUAUAUAUAAAACAAAUGUAUAUAGCAGGCCCUGAACUUGCACAGUACCGAGUGGGUGGGUGAUUCACGUAACAUUUUGGCUUCUUCGACUUCUGUGGAUACUGAUUCUUCUGCCUUUUAGAGUUUUCUCGUGUUCUCCUUGCCUGUUCCUCUCUCCCCCCACCCUACCAUCCCCAGUUCAAGGGCACCCGCUAGAGGAGGAAGAGGGCGGGCAAAGAAGUCAAGAUGGCGUCCGUGAUCAUGUGAUCAGAAUCCCACCUCUCUUUUUUUUUGACGUACAUUGCGUGACACGUUAAAAAAAAUGGUGUAGGGCUUCGAUCAUGUGGUUGCAACUGCUAUUUUGGAUUUUCCUGCACUCCUCCCACGUGUCUCUGUCCCCGUUCAUAUCCUCAUUAGAGAAUGUUCAAAAUAUGCAAAUAUAUUUAUAUACUUUUUUGGGGGGGUUGUGCCCAGAUCUCUACAGCCAACCAGAAAAUCCAGCUACCUGCAACACAUCUCUUGUAGCUUUCU